CCGUCUUAUCUCUAUCUCUCGCUCAGACUAGUUCUCACUUUCUCUAUACCUCCAGUAUCCACCACUACUACUCUAUUGCCUGAAACUUUCAGUUUCCGAUCACCGAGAAGACGAAGAAGAAGAUCACUGUCUCGGCUCUCAUAUAUAAGGGAUAGUCUUCCUGAAAUAGCAAAGUUCAUGAAUGUUCUCUGAGCUGAGUAUAACCACCGGUACUUGAGGAAAAAGAAAAGCUUAUAGCUGUCUGUCCCAGAUUCGGGACACAUAUAUUCUCUUUCCCUUUCCGGUAAAGCCUUUGGUUUCGGUGGGUCGCACUGCCCUUUUCUUUCUAGCUUUGAAACUUUCCCAGAAAUUUCCUCCCUUUUUUUCAUUCAACGAGUAUUACCACUCCUAGUUCUUGGUCUCUCUCGGUCGCUCCCAUUCCCUUCCGUACUUUCGGCUUAGGUUCUAUCUGUUCCCACAUUACAACCCCCGGCCCCUCUGUCUAUCUGUUCUCACGUACACACAGUCCCGCUCACACUCUUUAUCUCAGCUCCUUUAUUUGUGCAACUUUCCUUGAAAUAUCUCGUCCUUUAAUAAGCUUUUUGAUGGAGUUUUAAAAUUCAUUAAUGGUAGAUUUCUCUCCGUUUCAAGCUUCUCUUUGACGUGUUCUCUCUCUGCCUCAGCUUUCCUUUAUAUCCCAAUCUCUUUAUUCUCCUCUCGUGUCUACUACUAUCAUCAAAGGAAUCUCAAACCCACUUUUUACCCUUCCAUAUUUCAAGCUUUGCAAUCUCUCUCUCUCUCUCUCUCAAUGCUUAUCUUGCGAAGAAUCUGAUCGGAAAUUUGCUCUCAAAUAUGAACCACCAUAGUGUUAAUGCUAUACCUCCGAUUAAGUACACAGAACACCGUAACAUCACAAAGCUUGUCAGACCGGUCCCUGAGGAAAUAAAACGCAGAGUCGUACGGAUAUCCGUAACGGACGGUGACGCAACUGACUCGUCCAGCGACGAAGAAGAUGGAGAAGAGGUGUGCUUUAGGCGCCAAAGGGUCAAGAAGUUCAUCGACGAGAUCACUAUCGAGUCAUGCUCAAGCCAAAACGACGGCGUUUCGAGGAGCAGGUCGGCGAGAAGUGCACGUAAGAAGACUGCCCGGGUUUCGGAGAGUCACCGGGUGUUGAAGGUGCCUGGGGCGAGGAAGUUUCGGGGCGUGCGGCAAAGGCCUUGGGGGAAAUGGGCGGCGGAGAUAAGAGAUCCUCUACGACGUAUCCGGCUAUGGUUAGGUACCUAUGACACCGCCGAGGAAGCGGCGAUGGUGUACGACAACGCGGCUAUACAGCUGCGUGGACCCGACGCGUUCACCAACUUCGCCACCCCGCCAACGUCGAAACAUCCAACUGAAAAUAAGCCGAUGAGAUGCUCUGGAUACAACUCCGGCGAAGAGUCUCACAACAAUCGGCUUUGCUCACCUACCUCAGUGUUACGGUGUUCUUCACCCUCUAACGAAGAAAUGGAGCUGCAAAGUCCGGAGAUUAUCAAAGAAAUUGUCCAAGUUGGAGACAUACAAGAUGAAUCCUGUAUGUCCGAGAAUUUCUUGGAGUUUUCAGAAUAUUCAACUUUCGAUUCGUUAAUACCGAACGAUAUAUUUGAUUUCGAAAGUCCGGCAACAAGUUUAUUCGAAAAGACGAGCUUGGGAGAUAACUUUUUUGAAGAAGAAUGUGGGGACGUAUUUCUCAGUUCCUGUGAAAAUUUUGGAUUCGAUUUUUCAAGAUGGCACGUGGACGACUAUUUUCAAGAUAUCGGCGAUAUAUUUGGGUCAGAUCCUCUUAUGGCUCUUUGAUUCUUCUCGCUUAGAAGGAAGGUUCCUACCUGCAUGUAUUGUCAAAAAAAGGGCAAGUUUUGUAUCGGGCGGGAACUAUAUAUCGGAGUUUUUGUUUCGGUGUUUCGGUUUUAA